CGGCGAUUGCAAUUGCGGCUUCAGACGUCCGUCAAGGCGCAUCGAUAGGCGUCGAUUUUGAAAAGAAAUUUUCGACCGUGUCAGGUUUGCAGCACACAUUCGGCGUGCCCGCGUGCGUGCAUGUCUUUCAGUUCAGUAUAGUCUGAAACUGUCGUGGAUGCGCUGUUUGCCAGCGGAGUUCGCUUUAGGUCUCGUGUGUUCAGUGAGAUUUCCGUUUCAGGACUUUACGAAACAUUGAAAGGCGACAGGACGCAGACCAUGUGGGCACGUUUUUUCAGCGCGCACGGGGAGUUCUGCGCUUCGCAUCCGUGGGAAGUGAUAGUAGCCACGUUGACUCUCACCGCUUGCAUGCUCACUCUGGACCAGCAGAACCCGCCGCCGCCGCCCAAACCUUUCAGGAUAUGCGCCGGGUGCAUCAACGAGGUCGAUUACAAUGCAGCUGAUGUUAUAGUAAUGACAAUAAUACGAUGUCUGGCGGUGCUCUACUGUUAUUACCAAUUUUGCAAAUUGCAAAAAUUGGGCUCGAAGUACAUAUUGGGUAUAGCCGGCCUAUUCACCGUCUUUUCAAGCUUCAUAUUUACGUCAACGGUAUUAAACAUUCUCCGUAUCAACGUCGUCGAUCUCAAAGACGCCCUCUUCUUCUUCCUGUUGCUCAUCGACCUCUCCAAAGCCGCCAUGCUCGCCCAAUUCGCCAUGAACGCCUCCGACCAAAACGAGGUUAAAAUCAACAUCGCCAAGGGCAUGGCCCUCCUCGGCCCCACCAUCACUUUGGACACUCUGGUCGAGACCCUGGUCAUCGGCGUCGGAACCCUAUCCGGAGUGCACCGGCUCGAGUUGCUCUCUUGCUUCGCCUGUUUGUCAGUAUUGGUCAAUUACAUGGUCUUCAUGACGUUCUACCCGGCUUGCCUGUCGCUGAUACUGGAGCUGUCGAGGUACACGGCGAUGUACGGCAGGAAGCCCUGCAUAAUAUCGAAGGCGUUCCGGGAGGAGGACCACAAGUCCAACCCCGUGGUGCAGAGGGUGAAGCUCAUCAUGUCAGCGGGGCUGAUGCUGGUGCACGCGCACAGUAGGUGGCCGUUCAGGGAGGAAGACAUUGACGAUAUCGGCACGCUGGUCGUCGAGCAACGCAUGACUUUGAAUCGAACCGAAGAAAAUGCCAUCCACGGUUAUAUCAUGAAAUGGCUUACUCUGAGUGCUGACCACAUCGUUAUUCUGAUACUGCUGCUAGCGCUGGUGAUAAAGUUCAUCUUCUUUGAGAACAAAGAAGAUUUGACGGAAAAAAUACAAGCGUCCAUGUCAGAGAAUUUGAAGAACUCAGACAACGCGGAUUUCGUGAAGCUGGACCAGGCGCUGAAGACCAAAUACUUGCAGCAGACUCCUGUUUUCAAACAUUCCGAAACGUUCUUUUUGGGCAGGAGGUACAGCGAUGACAAAUCAUCGGAUUCAUCAAGCGAAUUGGAAUUCGAGGAUAAAUCGGUUCAAACGAUUUACUGUCAACUGGACGUCGAGAAGGUGACCGAAAGCUUCGAAGAAGACUCAAUAUGCAGAACUUUAGACGAGUGCUUAGCCAUAUACAGUGACAGUGAUCUAGGUGCCGUAACCCUGACAGAUGAGGAAGUAAUGCUGCUAGUCAAACACAAACACCUGCCGGGCCAUCAGAUCGAAAAGGCCGUCGACAACCCCGAGAGGGGCGUCAAAAUCCGGAGGAAAAUGCUAGCCAAGGAGGCCAAACUGGUGGCGCCGCUGACGGACCUGCCUUACAAAGAUUACGAUUACAGCAAGGUGAUGGGCGCCUGUUGCGAGAACGUGAUUGGCUACAUACCCGUUCCCGUGGGCUACGCGGGGCCGCUGUUGCUGGACAAUCGGGAGUUCUACGUGCCCAUGGCGACGACCGAGGGUUGCCUGGUAGCCAGCACGAACCGAGGCUGCAGGGCCCUCCGAAGCAGCGGCGUCAUCAGCAGCAUAGUGGGAGAUGGUAUGACCAGAGGACCUGUGGUCAGGUUCCCUUCUUUAACGAGAGCAAGCGCUGCUUUGAAGUGGAUUGAGAAGCCGGAAAAUUUCGCCCUAAUGAAGGAGCAAUUCGACUCGAGCAGCAGGUUCGCGAGACUGACCAAGAUUCUGAACAAGAUCGUCGGGAGGUACUUGUUCAUCAGAUUCGUCGCGAAGACGGGGGACGCCAUGGGAAUGAACAUGCUGUCGAAAGGUACUGAAAUAUCGCUGAAAUUCGUACAAAACGAAUUUCCCGACAUGGAAAUCGUUAGCCUCAGCGGGAACUUCUGCACCGACAAGAAACCGGCUGCUAUAAAUUGGAUUGAAGGCCGGGGAAAAUCGGUAGUGUGCGAGGCCAUCGUCCCAUCGAAAAUAGUCACUAGUGUAUUAAAAACGACAGUAAACGCCCUAGUCGAAGUGAACUACACGAAGAACAUGAUCGGCUCGGCGCUAGCAGGAAGCAUCGGCGGCUUCAACGCUCAAGCGGCGAACAUAAUAACAGCCGUGUUCAUAGCGACGGGCCAAGACCCAGCUCAAAACAUUAGUAGUAGUAACUGCAUGACCCUCAUGGAACCCACCGGGGCGACGGGAGAGGACUUAUACAUAUCCUGCACCAUGCCUUCGAUGGAGAUUGGAACUGUAGGAGGCGGUACGAUCCUGCCGCCGCAGGCUGCCUGCCUGGAGAUGCUGGGAGUGAAGGGGGCCAAUACGGAGAAUCCCGGCGAAAACGCGAGCCAACUGGCUAGAAUCGUUUGCGGCCUCGUGCUCGCUGGGGAAUUGUCGCUGAUGGCCGCUCUGGCAGCAGGCCAUCUCGUCCGCAGCCAUCUCAGACACAACCGAUCGACGACACUGUUAGCUGAAAACACGAACUUUGAAUCGAUGAAGAACGAGAACUACCUUAAACCACCACCUUGUAGGGAUUACUGAGGGUAUUUUUAUGGACUGUUCUACAAGGCUCAAGCGGGUAAUAUUGCGGAUUUAGUGAUAGUAUUAUUGUUUGUGCUACGUAGUUGUAGGAAUAUCCGAGGUAAAAUCGGAAAUUGUGAAAAAAUAGUACUAAAAUUGCAUUUGUUGGUGGAAAUAAUCAAACUGAAAGUGUUUACAUUGGUUCGGGUUAUAAUUUUAGUAUAAUAACAAUUAGAAAUGUGCCUCUUCUAUAAAUUUGCAAAUCAAGAUGUAGUUGAAGCUGAUAAUUACGAAGCGUUUCAUUGACGAAGUUUUUUGCCGUCCAUCCUCUACAAAUCUCAAGCAAGAUUUUACGAAGGGAUAGUUAGAAGAGAAGAAGGUAGAGGAAUUCCACAAAGCAGGACCAGGAACAAGAUUAUUUGAAGAUGCACCAUCAUACUUUGAAAUUUAGCGAAUUUAUAGGAAUGCUGCAUAAGGGUAUUUUAUGGGUGAAGUUGCUUUAAGCCAAAUUUUUGAUAUUACGGAUUAUAAAGCGGCUGGGGUAAACGCGAGUACGUGUAAUUUUAAGUAUUGUGAUAACGUAUUGAACACUAUACGAGCUAAUUACAAAAUUGUUUCAGUAGCACUGGUAAAGUAGAAGUUUUCACGGUUUCUAAGAAAAUAUUGGUCUGUGAUGGUUGAUUGAAAAUAUUUUUUUCUAAUACUUAAUGUAAAAAGCGUCUCGUUAUAUAUUGUCGAGAAUUUUUUAAAUGUUAUUUAAUUUUUGUAAAUAAAGUAUUUCAAUGUU